AUGCUGGUGCUACCGUACAGCCUGAACUUGAAAAUCCCGCCGUUCAUGACCGACAACUGGUUCGACGCACUCCAUGAGCUCGGAAUUCCAACUUCGGCUGAACCCGAUGAAGGACUCACUGCUGGAGGUUAUUUCUUGCCAUUGGAUAUCGGUCCGGUUAACCAAGCUCGCUCGGAUGCUCGUCGUUCAUACUACAAUCCGAACAUUGCACGUGGAAACUUCAAUGUUCAACCCAAUUCCCAAGUUACCAGAAUCCUGUUCGACCAAGGAGACCAGCUGACUGCUACUGGCGUUGAAUUUGCAACCGGUCCUUCCUCGCCACGCCAAAAAGCCCACGCAAAUCGAGAAGUGAUUCUGGCAGCCGGGGCAAUCCAUAGCCCACAACUUCUUGAGCUUUCGGGCAUCGGACAAGCCUCUGUUCUCGAGCCACUUGACAUCAACGCGCUUGAGAAUCUUCCCGGGGUGGGCAACAACCUCCAAGACCACGGCAUGAUCCAUCUGAAUUAUCCGUACACAACCCCUCUGUCAUGGACACCAACGACUUUGCUAGCAAUGCGACUUUCAAUGACGAAUCUACCGCAUAAUACUAUGGCAGCAAAACCGGUCCUUGGACGGCGAAGCCCAGCUACGCUGUCGCAUUCCCCUCACUGCGACAAGUUACCGACGAUACAGAAUCCAGACUUGCGGCCGCCAGUUCUGCCUCUUACAAUCUCCUAUCAACGUAUGCCGACGAACCGACGCUCCAAGCUGGUUACGAACGCCAAAUUGCUAGUGUACUAG